UCCUCACAAUAUGCGAGGACAGGAAGUUCGCCACAAUAAAGAAGGAAAACAGAAAGAAAGCCGUCCCCUCCGAAUAUAGUUACUGAAAUUCAAAAGUGAAAACCCUAGGAAAGAGUAGUUUUCACUGAAUCAAACUUAGAAGUUGUUGGAAUGGCAGCCUCAAGUUCAAGUUCGGGUGGAGUACAAGCUUCAACAUAUCAACCGACCAACGGAACUCCUAAGCAGUUCUUCGUAUGGAGGGAAUUCUUGUGGGGAGCCAUUGCCGGGGCUUUUGGGGAAGGUAUGAUGCACCCAGUGGACACGAUAAAGACACGAAUUCAAAGCCAAGCUAUGAUCAGUGGAUACCAGAGCCAGAAGAAUAUAUUUCAGAUGGUCCGAACAGUCUGGGUAGCUGACGGAUUAAGAGGCUUUUAUAGAGGAAUAGGUCCUGGGUUAACUGGAUCCCUUGCAACUGGAGCCACAUAUUUUGGUGUCAUUGAAUCCACCAAAAAGUGGGUUGAGGAAUUGCAUCCUAACCUUGGGGGUCACUGGUCACAUUUCAUUGCUGGAGCAGUUGGAGAUACACUUGGAUCUUUUAUAUAUGUACCCUGUGAAGUGAUAAAGCAACGUAUGCAGGUCCAAGGGACAAGAAACUCUUGGAGUUCCAUGGUCAUUAAAGAAAAUGCAUGUAAGAAAUCUGGAGUGCAAAUGUAUAGCUACUAUUCUGGAAUGCUUCAGGCUGGUUUUUCAAUUUGGAAGGAACAGGGCAUGAAAGGCCUAUAUGCAGGAUACUGGUCCACACUUGCAAGGGAUGUUCCUUUUGCUGGCCUGAUGGUCACCUUUUAUGAAGCCCUUAAAGAUUUGACAGAGUAUGGGAAGCAAAAAUGGAUGCCAAAUCAUUUUCAUGUUAAUACUUCUCUUGAGGGACUUGUAUUGGGAGGUUUAGCUGGUGGUUUCAGUGCAUAUCUCACCACUCCUUUUGAUGUUGUCAAGACAAGAUUGCAAGUACAAGGAUCAACAAUACGGUAUAACGGCUGGUUGGAUGCAAUUUGGAGGAUUUGGAGGGCGGAAGGAAUGAAAGGAAUGUUCAGAGGUAGUGUCCCCAGAGUCAUAUGGUAUAUUCCAGCCUCUGCUCUCACGUUCAUGGCAGUGGAGUUCCUCAGAGACCACUUUAAUGGUGAUUUAAAUAGUAAGGAUUCCCGUAAAGUUAAACAUUUGUCAAUAGACAAGGAGACUAACCUACAAGAAGUUUAGAAACAUUCUCAGUGUCACUGCUCAUUCUCCAUCCAGUUUAUUAUGUAGAUGGGUGGUUGUAUCAUGUGGAAUUCUUGCAUUCAUGGCUAUUUAAUUUUUUUCCCAGCCAUGGAGCUGAUUCAAUCAUUCAACAUAGGAUAAUAGGAAGCAAUAGUUUAAAACAGAAGCGAUUCCGCAUUUUUUCGAAGUCCAAUGUAGAGUGAGAGGAUUGACUGUUGGCGGUAUAUUGUUAUGCCCAUUGUAGUAAAACUGUAAAACUAGACGGCUAUGAGAUACAUUACUCUAGUUCUGGCAUUUGUCCA